AAUUAUUUAUUAGUGCUGGCAGCAAUUGUGAAUUGGAUUAAUAAUAACAUUGUGCUUUCUCUACAGGCCUUGCUAUUAGCAACAAACAUACUUACAUGUUUUCUGCUGGUGAUGAUAAGCAAGUUAAAUGUUGGGAUCUUAAACAAAAUGAGGUAAAAUCCUCAUGAUUUUCAGGUGAAUAUUUCAGCAAUCACUGAACUUAUCAGAUAUAUCGAGCCACUAAUGAACGUUAUAUUAUUUUAUUUAGGUUAUUAGUUCUUAUCAUGGUCAUCUUAGUAGUGUUUAUUGCUUGGCUCUUCAUCCCACAUUUGACAUUUUAGUGACUGGAGGACACAAUUCUGUUUGCCGGGUCUGGGACAUACGUAGUGAAAUGCCGGUUCAAACUCUUUCAGGUCAUGAUAACGCUAUCAGCUCUUUGUUUAUCCGGCCAACGGACUCUCACGUUGUCACCAGUUCUCAUGAUUCUACAAUUAAGAUGUGGGACCUUAGAUAUGGUAAAACAAUGUUAGCUCUUAAAAACCAUAAACAGUCGGUUCGGGCAAUGGUUCCACAUCCUACGGAGUCUCAACAGAAAACUACUGUCGAUGCAAUGGCUGUCAAUGAUAAGGGUGUUAUGGUUACCGGAGGUGACAAUGGCAGUAUGUGGUUCUGGGAUUGGAAGAGUGGUCAUAAUUUCCAGCAAUAUUCUCAAACAAUUGUACAACCUGGUUCAAUGGACAAUGAGGCUGCUAUUUAUGCUUUAACGUAUGAUGUCACGGGUACGAGGCUUAUAUCAUGUGAAGCUGACAAGACCAUAAAAAUGUGGAAAGAAGAUGACACUGCCACUCCAGAAACACAUCCACUUAACUUCAUACCUCCUAAUAACAUUCGUUGAUUCGAGUUACGCGAUCGUCAUUUAUUCUGACAAGUAAUACACAUUUUGAUUAGAUGUAUUGUUACUUGGAGGUGUUGAUAGACAAUGACAAAUGGCUAGACUCACACAAGUGUGGACAAGUGGAGAAUCUCGGUUUUGAACUCUGGCCUCAUGCAUAUUGUCUUUGCAGCUACCAAUGAGUUGUAUCUACAAGAUGUGCAAUUUUUUAUUCACACUUCUCUUCAUAACAAACUCAUCC